AGUAAGUGAUGGCGACCCAGAGCUCAGAAAGGCCCAAGUCCUCACAACCAAAGUGACAGAGCAGGCGCCUCUGUUGAAUCGUUUGCACAAGUUUUCAGACUGGGGAAGAAUGGUGAAGGCUAUAGCAAGACUGAAGUGUUGGGCAAGGAAUGUAAAGGAUCAAAAAGAAAGAUCAGAGUCUACAACACUCGAUGAAAGGAAAGAUGCCGAACUAUUCAUUAUCCGCCUAGUUCAAGAAGAUGUUUUUAGUGGAGAAAUCAAAGCUCUCAAAGAAAGGAAAGAGGUGAAAUCAAAUCAGCCCUCCAGACUAUACAGGUUAUGCCCAUUUGUAGAUGAACAUAAUAUUCUGAGAGUGGGAGGAAGGUUGACCAAAGCGACACUCCAUCCACAUGUUAAGCACCCUGCUAUUCUUCCAAAGGGACAUCAUGUGUCCCGACUCCUCAUAAAACAUUUUCAUGAGCGAAUUUGCCAUCAAGGUCGCGGCAUGACAAUGAAUGAGAUCCGAUCCAAGGGUAUUUGGAUUCUGAGAUGUAGCAGCGAAGUAUCUUCAAUCAUCUACAAAUGUGUAAAAUGCAGGAAGUAUCGUAAAGGUACCCAAGAACCAGUUAUGGCUAAUCUACCGCCUGAAAGGUUAGAGACUACUCCUCCAUUUACGUAUAGUGGCAUGGACUGUUUUGGACCAUUCUAUGUGAAGGAUGGAAGAAGAGAAUUGAAAAGAUACGGCCUUCUGUUCACUUGCAUGUGUUCCAGAGCAGUUCAUAUUGAAGUGCUUGAUGACCUAAGCUCUGAUGCAUUCCUGAAUGCUUUGCGCUGCCUCAUUUCCAUCCGUGGAAACGUAAGUCAACUUCGUAGUGAUCAAGGCACUAACUUUGUUGGUGCGAAGAAAGAGUUCACGGAACUCAUAAAAGGAUUCACCCAAGAACGCAUGAAGGAUCUGAACUGUCGUUUCAUCUUCAAUCCACCCUCAUCCAGUCAUAUGGGUGGAGUCUGGGAGCGACAGAUCCGAACAGUGCGGAGUGUCUUGACAGCCAUCUUGGAUCAGUCUGCCAGAACCUUGGACAGCUCCUCAUUGAGAACUUUCAUGUAUGAAGCUAUGGCAAUAGUAAAUAGUCGCCCUCUGACUUCUGAAUUCUUAAAUGAUCCAUUGGCACCAGAGCCGUUAACGCCAAAUCAUAUAUUAACAAUGAAGUCUGAGAUUAUUGCAGCUCCACCAGGAGAGUUCUCUAGGGAAGAUCUCUAUUUGAAGAAGAGAUGGAAGAGAGUCCAAUUUCUAGCCAAUGAGUUCUGGGCGAGAUGGAAAAGGGAGUAUCUUUUGAAUCUGCAACAAAGGAGUAAGUGGAGUAAGAACCGUCGAGAGACAAAGGUCAAUGAUGUUGUUUUACUUCAAGAUGACAUGACACCACGAAACUCUUGGAAGCUUGCCAAAGUUGUGGAAGUCUUCCCGGGAUCUGAUGGGCGGAUUAGGAAGGUCAAACUUUUAGUCAGUGAUGCAACAUUAGAUGGAAAAGGUGCACGCACUACUAAGCCAGUGUAUUUAGAAAGACCUGUACACAAAACAAUAUUAUUACUUGAGUCUGAUUAAGGUGUGAGGUUCUAAAUCAUAGAUUAUGUUGAUUCAUUGUAUAUAUUUGAGGUUCAUGUGAAAGAUUGUGUGUGUGAUUUAACUUACCUUUGGGUUUUCAGAAUCACAUUUAUGUGAUGGUGGGAGUGUGGCUGCAGCUACAGAAGUUUAAUGGUUUCCACCUAGUCUUGCAUAUUUUGCACAAUUUAAAGUAAUAAUUUCUGAUUUAUAUAUUUUGUUGAUGAUGAUUUGUAUUGGAUGGACUCAAUUUCCCAUGAUGCAUCUGUCACACAUUGGAAUGUAUUGGCUGGACUCAAUCUCCCAUGAUGCAUCUGUGUCACUUCCUGUUUGGUGAAUCUAAUGAAUUAGCUGGUGAGGCUACAGAGGAAAGCUACCUGUUUGAGAUGCUGCAUGCUUCAUUGUGUCUCAUGUGUACAAAGGUUCAUAUUGUUUAUGGUCAACUCAACAACGAAUUGUGACAUCCUCUCUUGGUUUACAAGCCGGUAAAGUGUUCUACGUUGUUUAUGUUUCCUUGUUGGAGAAAUAAAACAUCAGUUUGGAGAACCUGGCCUUGGAUUUGUGACUAAGAGCGGUACAGUAGAACACUUCGGUGAAGUCAAGGACCAGAAGUAGUCAAACAUGCAUGCGAAAUUGGCAAGCUAUUAAGAGACUGCAGCAAGUGUUUGGCAAGAAGUGGUCUACACAUUCGGAAUGGAUUUCCCUUUAGGAGACUGAAGUAAAGA